AGUGUCCAAGGAGGUUGUUGUCGGUGGAGCAAUAGCAUCCUAUGAAACCAUUUCCUUUUCGUUCAAAACGAUUACCAUCUUGGCUGCGUUUUCUCAUGAAGUUUCGUCUCUCUUUCGCUUUCAAAGUGACGUCCUUCCACAGCAAAACUCAGCUUCCGGCCUCUCCCACUCCACCAACGCUUGCGUCCUCUUCCGGACGCCGGAAAAUGGCGAGCGGUUCAUGAAGCGUCGGCGUCUUUAGUAGAAGAAACAAGGGACAAACAUGGAUCACAAGACUUGGCGAUGGAAGAAAAGAUCGUCUGAGAAAACCAUUGUUGCAAAUGACAAAGCGGACGGCACAAUCAAUAGAACGGAAGAAAAGGUGCGAACAAUUCCAUCAGGGAAAGAAAUAGAAGUCCACGGAUCUUUCAAAGACCUCUCGGAUAAAUUUGCUUCGAUCCUCAUUGACUGUCGAGCAAAAGAUGAGCUUAUUCUGAAACAUGAGAAGGCAACAGAAGAAGCUAUUGCAGGUAACUUAUACAGAGACAGAGCCGACGAAAGGGCAAUUCUCUUGCAGCAAGAGCUAGAGCAAGCUCUGAGGCAAGGAGCAGCUGCAAAUGCGAGAUUGACCCAUUUAGACACUGAACUUAAAGAAUGCACUGAGCAAUUGAAUGCUGUUCGGGAAGAAGCAGAGCUGGCUACACAUGAUGCCAUCGCCAAGGCAUCGAGGGAGUUCAUAAAAGCACAGAAGAAAUCGGAUGAGAAACUAACCGAUGCUAAUAAGAAGCUUACGAGCUUAUCUCUCGAGAGCACUCGCCUCAAUGCCAAAAUCUCGGCGAAAGAGAAGCAGAUUGAAGAUCUCUAUAGAUGUAAAUCUCUGGCAGAAUCGGAAUCCGACGCGCUGAUGGCCAGAUUGGAUUGUACAGAGAAAGAAAAUGCUUUUCUCAAGUAUGAGUUCUGCUUGCUUGAGAAGGAACUUGUGAUUCGCAACGAGGAGUUGGAAUACAGCCGACGUUCUGCCGAAGUGUCGAACAAGAAGCACCAGCAGGCUCUGAAGAAAAUCACGAAAUUGGAAGGAGAAUGUCAGAGACUUCGUCUCCUUACACAGAAAAGGUUGCCAGGUCCGGUUGCUUUGACAAGGAUGAAGAGUGACCUGAAAAUGCUGGGCAGCGAUCAAACGGAGGGAAGAAAAAUAAAGCCAGGUUUGACAACCGACCUUAUUUUGAGAGGAAAGAAUUCUCACGAAAUCCCGAGCAAUAGGAUCAAUUACCUGAUCGAGCAGCUGCAUGAUGUAGAAGAGGAGAACAAGAUUCUCAAAGAAAUUAUAUCCGUAAAAGAUGCGGAACUUCAUUCUUCGCGGAUCUCACAUGCUGGGACGACUUCCCGGUUGUUGCAGGUUGAGUCUCAGGUCACAGAACUUUCGAAGGGUCAAUGCAAGGAUUUGGUGAGGUGCGAACCAUUGUCGAACGAUCUCUUCCAAGUAUCUGAUUUGGAAGACAGUGCUAGUUCCGGAUCAUGGGCAAACGCACUAAUUUCAGAACUAGAGCAUUUCAGAAACGGUAAAGUAAAACAUGCCUUGGAAUCCAAGCAUACGAGCUUAAUGAGCGAUUUUUCUGAGAUGGAGAAGUUGGCCAUGGUUUCUGUAGAUUCUCCAUCGGGAAGUGAGAGUUUGUCGUGCUCAACCUGUAUAGAGAUAGUCCGAAGUGACCCGAGUUUCGGCGACACUAAGAAGAUGAUCCAACCAGAAAGCACGGAAACUCCAAUGUCUUUUGACUGGCUUCAAGUUGUAUUGAACGCAAUCAUGGAGCAAAAGCGGGUUUCGAAGAGAAGCACGGUCGAGAUUCUAGAGGACAUUAGAAUUGCUUUAGGGCUACCGAACUCCAGAGCUUCCGAAGAAGCACAAACAGUGACGGCUCCAAUGUGCACCAGAGAAUCCGACUGUCCUCCCAUUUCUGGUUAUCUAACCUGGAAGUCUCCGACCGCAUCUCCAGUCGUUGGCUCCCAAUAUGGAACGGGAGGACAGAUUCAAUCGAAGCUGACGAAUUCUAUUGAGAAAAUUGUUCGACUGGUUAAAAAAUUCAAUCCGAUGUCUACACGCACUUUCGAAGACCUUGGAAAGAGUCAGAUUCCCUCGUCACUCAAUCGGGCAGCACCAAAAGACUGCGUAAUCCAUGUGUUUCAGUGGAACAGCACAGAACUGAGCGUCGUCCUACAAAAUUUCAUUAGUACCUGUAAUGAUCUCUUGGAUGAUAAGGCCGGUGUAGAAACAUUUGCUGAAGAACUUGCUAGUACUCUGCAUUGGAUCCUGGACAAACAUAGCACCCCGAAACACGCUUCCAGCGUGAGACAUAAGAUCAAAAUGCAUAGUGGUUGGACCGACUCACCGCUGAAUUCGAAGGAGCUUGGAGUUUACGAGGAUGUUCUACCCUUGGCAUCCAAAUCGGCUGAUGUGGCUAAGAGGCAAUCAACGUGUUCGGGCAAUCUGCAAGAAGAGAACCGGAGACUGAAACACGAGUUACAGAACGUGGAAACUGCUAAGGAAGAUGUGGAAACCAAGCUACAGUUGGCGAAUAACAAGAUCAAAAUCUUGACGACCCAGCUUCGGCAAGCUGAUGAAAGCAUCAGAAACCUGAACGUGGAACUGGAGAAUCUGAAAGAGGCGAAGAGAAUUGCCGAGGAUCAGAUGGAAAACCAGAAAUCGAUGAACGAAGAUCUUGACACCCAGGUAACCGUGGCGAAAGCCAAACUCAACGAGGUCUUCCAGAAGUUCUCGUCUUUGGAAGUCGAACUGGAGGAUAAGAAUAACUGUUGCGAGGAACUAGAGUCGACGUGUCUCGAGCUUCAACUUCAGCUAGAAAGCAUUGCAAGGGAAACUCCAAAGAAUACGGCCAAUCAAGAUCAAAUGCGAUCGCAAAGUGGAUGGGAGAUCACUGCAGCUUCUGUCAAGUUGGCCGAAUGCCGAGAAACUAUUCUGAACCUCGGCAAACAACUAAAGGCCCUGGGUCCACCGCAGGAACCGGCGUUCUCGAACAAUGCUUUACCGGGCUCCCACGCUACUAACACUUCCAAGAACAACAAGAGCUUGAACAAGCGCCUCUCCCUGCGCGACCGGAUGCUGGCCGAGGACAAUCCCGAGGCUGCCGAGGACAGAGAAGUAGCAAGCGAAGCCAACGCGACGAAACUAAAUGCCCUGGUUGUCGCCAACAUCCCCGCCCAAGCUCCGGCAGCGUAUCUCGGGCUACAGAGCAGAUCUGGCAACAGCUUCAUGGGGGCGCUCGCGGUCGUGCCCAGCAAGAGGCAAGGCGGGAUCGGCUUCCUGAGGAAGCUGCUGCUGAGGAGGAAGAGGAGGAGCAGGACGAGGUCCCAAUCUUUGUCCAAGAUAUGACAUUAGGCAAAGGAAUGGAGGAUCGGGCACUGGGUUGGAGGCCAACAACCUUAACCGCUGUUCAUAAUAUUCCCUCCUUGCCAUAAGAUCUUCUGAUUGUCCUGCUUGAAUUAUGAACUCAUGCCGACUGCGAGUUUGCGAACUGUUUGAUUUCUUUGUACAUAACCUAUUUCUAUGAACAAACUUCUAUAAUUUC